AUGUGGAACAGCAACAGUCCCGCUGCGCAGAAGAAGCGCACCUCCAUCACAGGCCUGCCCGGCGGCCGACGAGGCCACCGUGCCUCUCUUUCUCUGCACCGCGAUGAAGACUCGCAGCAAGAAGACGCAUCGAAUCCAAUGGCCGUUCUGCGAGUGAAGCCCAAAGACCAGCUUCAGCUGUCGCCAGAAGAACUUCGCAAACGCAUGCCCCCCCGCAUUUUGUAUCCGCAAAAUCCUCGCGCACCGAAAAACCUGGCUCUUUAUUCGUUCAAAGAAAAAGUUUUCAAGCGCGACGAGCAGAUCGAUCAAACUGUCUUCCAUUUGAGCGUCGACGGGGCGUUGCUCCACGCCGAAAGUCAAGAAGCCAUUGAGCAAGAAGAGGCGUGGAGACUUCGAGAAGAAGAAGACGCGAAAAAAAAGAGAAAAGAAAGUGUUGACAUUCGCAUCGAAGACGACCUCCAACAAAACACUGAAGACGAAGGUCGGGUGCUGAGGAACCAGUUCAACUACGGGGACCGGGCUUCUCAAACUGAAACAAAAGCUGAUAGAGAACGAGGUGUGGCUACGAGGCCUCCGCCUACUGUCCCUGUGGCCGGCACAGUCAAUCAAUGGAGAAUGUACGACGCGUAUGUGGAGGAACUAAAUGCUCAAAAUCGACUGCAGAGUAACCAGCAGACUUCUUGGCAACAGUGCGAAAACGAGAAGAGAGCAACCGAAACGCCCCAGGCCAAAGAUGCCGACAGUCUCAGUUCGAUGAAAUGGGCUGUUAAGCUAACAGAGCGCGUCGUUAACCACAACACGGAGGUCGAAACGUACCAUAAAUUUAGGUUCUGCAAGGCUGCCGGAACGCCAGGCGAAGCCGCGGUUCUCCCACUCUGGCAGUUUCACUUUUCCAAAGUCAAGAAGAAAGAUGUGACGGGUCUGAAGUGGAAUCCGCGAUACUCGGAUCUCUUCGCUGCUGGAUACGGUAGCUUCGAGUUCCAAAGACAAGGAAGCGGCUUCGUCUGUUGCUACAGUCUGAAGAACACAGGCUACCCCGAGUAUUUCUGGAAAACAGAAUCCGCAGUGUGCAGCAUCGACUGGCACCCACACAGUCCGUCUCUCCUCGCGGUGGGCCUCUACGACGGGAUGGUGCUCGUCUUCGACAUUCACACGAAAGAUCGAAAGCCGACGCAUGCAAGCACCGUGAAAGUCAACAAGCACACAGACCCUGUCUGGGACGUGCGCUGGGACGGAGACGAUUCGGGCAGCGCGUUUCGCUUUUAUUCCGUCUCGGGAGACGGCAGAGUGACUAGUUGGACUCUGAUGAAGAAUAAGCUGGAGUCGGAAGAAGUCGCCCUGCUCAAAUUGGACUACAGCCAACUGACAAGUCCGAGAGACUCUGCAGAGGCGACCGCGCUCGUUGGCAGUGCUGGAGGAACUUGCUUCGAUUUUCAUCCCUCGCAGUCACACGUCUUCAUCGUUGGAACUACGGAGGGUGUCAUCUUCAAGUGCUCAAAGAACUACAGCGGACAAUAUCUCCAAACCUACCUCGGACAUGACAUGUCCAUAACGGGUGUGGAAUGGAAUCCCUUCCAUCCCCGAGUUUUCAUUUCAAGUUCUUCAGAUUGGACGGUGAAGAUUUGGGAGGAGUCUCUCACUUCCCCAGUGCUGACUUUUGAUUUCGAGAUGGCUGUGGGAGACGUUCGAUGGGCCCCGUCGAGCUCCACAAUGUUCGCCGCGGCAACGGCAGAUGGAACGGUCCACGUGUAUGACCUAGCCGUGAAUCGCCGCAAACAAAUAAGCUCUUUCAAGGUCUCCCCAGUCCGCAGUGGAGAUUCCAGAAGGCAAGACCGAGGCAGAGGCGAAGGCAGAAAAAAUGAGCGGUGUUCUCGCAAUUGUUUCCGACCUGUUUGA